AUGCCUUCAGCUGAAGUCGAGACCCUCCCUAGUCAUAUCGUCGGCGGAAAUGCCCAAAGCAGACCCCGACUAGACGGACCCUUGACUUACACGGGGAGUUUGGACAACUACUCCCAGUUUGACGUCACCCCAGUCAUCGGUCGUGAAUUCAACGGUCUUCAAAUUCGAGACCUGCUGAAAUGGGAUGAUAUUCACAUUCGAGACCUUGCUGUCACAAUUUCCCAGCGUGGUGUUGUGUUUCUGAAGGAUCAAGAUGUUACCCCUAACGAGAUGAAGGACUUUAUGCUGCGACUCACAGACCUCGCUGGAUGUCCUUCUACCUCAGGACUGCAUGUUCAUCCGCUUACAGAGGAGGGAUCAGAAUUAGGUGAUCAGAUUAGUGUUAUCUCGAGUGAGAAGCAGAAGAAGGGUGGUGGUUUGACACAUCAGUUGAGCGAUGUGAGCCGAUUCGCGAGCGCCGGUUGGCACUCUGACAUUACUUUUGAGAAGGUUCCUUCAGACUAUGCCAUGCUCAGGAUCCACACACUACCAGCAACAGGUGGUGACACGCUCUGGGCAUCAGGAUAUGAGGUCUACGACAGACUCUCCGACCCAAUGAAGAAAUUCCUCGAAGGUCUCACUGCAACCCAUGACGCAUCAUUCUUUCACGACGAAGCCCGCCGUCUAGGAAACCCCAUCCGCAAAGGUAUUCGAGGUUCUCCUCUGAACCAAGGCGAGAACCUCACAGCCGUCCACCCUCUCAUCAGAACCAACCCAGUGACAGGCUGGAAGUCUGUCUUUGUCAACAAGGGCUUCACUAAGCGUAUCAACGGACUAUCGAGGGAUGAGAGUGAUACGCUUCUCGCUUAUCUUUUCAACUUGGUGACACAGAAUCACGAUGCUCAAGUUCGAUACCGAUGGAGCAAGAAUGACUGCGCGAUCUGGGACAAUAGAUCGACGUUCCAUUGCGCUACCUAUGACUACCUAGAAGCAAGAGCGGGAGAUAGAGUGGCCAGUCUGGGAGAGGCGCCGUAUCUUGAUAUUAACACUUCGUAUCGACCUACACUCUCUCAGCCUUCACUCUCUCGACCCUCUAUUCGCGACUCCAAAGUCACAUCUUCUCUCAUAUCCCGUCGCAACUGCUCUUGUCGACGCGCCAUGCUUCGCAACGGUGAGGACGUUACCAGCGCAAGCCUCGACGUCCGUCGAGGUCGCCAGGUCCUCCCUAAGAACGUCAAGCCACUGCACUACGAUCUUACCCUCGAGCCCAAUUUUGAGACCUUCAAAUAUGAAGGUACCGUCGUCAUCGACUUCGACGUUGUCGAAGAUUCAACAUCCAUUGCUCUCAACACAGUAGACCUCGAGAUCCACGAGACUCUGGUCGAGGCCAAUGGUGCUACCAUCAGCUCCUCCCCCACUCUCGACUACGACAAGGACUCCCAGACCACAACCAUUACCUUCGACAAGACGAUUCCUGCAGGCCAGAAGGCUAGGUUGACCCAGCGCUUCACCGGUAUCCUCAACGAUGAUAUGGCUGGCUUCUACCGAUCUUCAUACAAGGACGAGCAGGGUAACACAAAGUAUAUCGCCACCACUCAAUUCGAGGCUACUGAUGCUCGCCGAGCAUUCCCCUGUCUCGACGAGCCUGCUCUCAAGGCCACAUUCACUGUCACUUUGAUUGCUGACAAGGACUUGGUCUGCCUGGGCAACAUGGAUGUUGCUUCCGAAAAGGAGGUUGACUCCAAGGUUACUGGCAAGAAGAGCAAGGCCAUCACAUACAACAAGACACCCAUCAUGUCUACCUACCUCUUGGCCUUCAUCAUUGGAGACCUCAAGCACUACGAGACCAACAACUUCCGAGUUCCCAUCCGAGUGUGGUGUACCCCCGAUCAAGAUCUCGAACACGCCGUCUUCUCGGCUGAGUUGGGCGCACGAACCCUCGAGUUCUACGAAAAACAAUUCGGCUCACAGUAUCCCCUUCCCAAGAUGGACAUGGUUGCCAUUCCUGAUUUCGCCGCCGGAGCUAUGGAGAACUGGGGUCUCAUCACAUAUCGAGUUGUCGACCUUCUCCUAGACGAGAAGACAAGCAGUGCUGUUACCAAGAAGCGUGUCGCCGAGGUUGUCCAGCACGAGCUUGCUCACCAAUGGUUUGGCAACCUGGUCACAAUGGACUUCUGGGAUGGCCUGUGGCUAAAGGAAGGAUUUGCUACAUGGAUGUCGUGGUAUUCUUCCAACGCCUUCUAUCCCGAGUGGAGGAUCUGGGAAGGAUAUGUCACCGAGGAUCUGCGAUCCGCUCUGGGUCUUGACUCUUUGCGCAGCUCUCACCCCAUCGAGGUGCCUGUUAAGCGUGCGGAUGAGGUCAACCAGAUCUUCGAUGCCAUCUCAUACGAGAAGGGUUCUUGUGUCCUUCGCAUGAUCUCCAAGUACUUGGGCGAGGACGUCUUCCUCAAAGGUGUUCGCAUCUACCUUGACCGACAUGCCUACGGCAACACAGAGACAACUGACCUUUGGGCUGCUCUCAGCGAGGCCAGUGGUAAGGAUGUCGAGCGUGUUGCAGACAUCUGGACCAAGAAGGUCGGUUACCCUGUUGUAGCCGUCACCGAGGAUGAGUCCAAGGGCACAAUCCACGUCAAGCAAAACCGCUUCCUUAGAACGGCAGAUGUUAAGCCUGAAGAAGAUGAAGUCCUUUACCCCGUGUUCCUCAACCUCAGAACAAAGGACGGUAUCCAAGAAGACCUUGCGCUCAACGUCCGCGAGGCCGACUUCAAGGUGCCUGACUUUGACUUCUACAAGGUUAACUCUGGUCACUCCGGUAUCUACCGUACCUCUUACACUAGCGAGCGACUCCAGAGACUUGGACAGAACGCCAAGGCAGGACUCUUGGGUGUUGAGGACAGAGCUGGUAUGAUCGCUGACGCUGGUGCUCUUGCCGCUGCUGGUUACCAAAAGACAUCUGGCCUGCUGUCUCUCCUCCAGGGCUUUGACUCCGAAGAUGAGUUCAUUGUCUGGGACGAGAUCACCCUCCGUGUUGCUUCUCUGCGGGACGCUUGGGUCUUCGAGGAAGACGACGUGAACAAAGCUCUCAAGGCUUUCCAGCGAGACUUGGUCAGUGAGAAGGCCAAUGAGAUCGGCUGGAAUAUCUCAAGCUCUGACGACUUUACCGCUCAGCGCUUCAAGGCACUGAUGUUCGGUAAGGCCGCCAUUGUCGAGGACGAGUCUGCCAAGAAGGCGGCCUUCGAGCUGUUCGAGAAGUUCAUCAACGGUGACCGCGAGGCCGUUCAGCCUAACCUUCGAUCCAGUGUGUUUGGAGUUGUGCUGACCUACGGUGGCGAAGCCGAGUACAACGCUGUUCUCAAGGAGUACGAGACUGCCAAGCAGAGCAGCGAGCGCAACACCGCUCUUCGAUCUCUCGGCUUUGCUAAGGAUCCUGAACUUAUCAAGCGAACUCUGGCGUACACUCUGAGCGAUAACGUCAAGACCCAAGAUAUCUACAUGCCUCUUGCCGGCCUUCGCGCUCACAAGGAGGGUGUCCUGGCUCUUUGGGGAUGGGUCAAGGAGAACUGGGAUGUUCUCACCAAGCGACUUCCUCCCGGCAUGUCACUCCUCGGUGACAUGGUGGCCAUCUCAACAAGCUCAUUCACACACGCCGACCAGAUCGACGACGUCAAGAGCUUCUUUGAGGAGAAGGGCAACAAGGGAUUCGAGCUUGAGUUGGCUCAAAGUCUUGAUGCUAUGAAGGCCAAGCAAAACUGGCUCGCCAGAGAUAAGGAGGACGUUAAGCAGUGGCUUGCCCAGAACAAAUAUCUGUAA